GUCUUCUUCACCUGUCCUUCAACACGUCUCUAAUCUCUUUCUCAGAAGAUCCUCCAACAACGACGAGUCGCACGAUGGGAUUGCUCGAUCUCGAAAAGCACUUCGCCUUCUACGGAGCUUACCACAGCAAUCCGAUCAACAUCGUAAUCCACAUCAUCUUCGUGUGGCCGAUCGUCUUCACCGCCUUGCUCCUCCUCCACUCCGCGACCCCAAUUUUCGACCUUUCUCAAUCGCUGACCCUCGACGGCGUUCUCCGGCUAAACGUCGGGUUUAUAUUAACCGUGGUCUAUGCUCUGUUCUACCUCUGUUUGGAUAAAAGAGCUGGGUUUGUAGCUGCCCUCAUGUGUUUCUCUUGCUGGGUCGGUUCAAGUUUUCUCGCUGAUCGGUUAGGACCUUCUCUGGCCUUCAAGGUUGGGAUAGCGUCUCAGCUGUUGUGCUGGACGGGGCAGUUUCUUGGCCAUGGAGUGUUCGAGAAACGAGCACCUGCGCUAUUAGACAAUCUGCUCCAAGCUUUUCUCAUGGCUCCUUUCUUCGUGUUGCUUGAGGUCCUUCAAUCGGUUUUCGGGUAUGAACCAUAUCCAGGAUUUCAGGCUCGUGUGAAUGCCAAGGUAGAAAGUGACAUAAAGGAGUGGAGAGCAAAGAAGCAGGUCAAGAAGAAUAAGCUCACAUAAGCUUUGGACUGGAUUAUAUAACUCAACAACUUAAACCCCCAUUGUAAUGUUUCCACAUUAAAUCCAUGAUAUAAUAAAAGAAUAUAAGACCAUCA